AUGAAUACCAAUAUGCUUUUGUUGGCGAUUCUUUCGUCGUUAAUUUGGAUCUGUGCAUCAAAAACGGUGUCGGUUAUUCCUCACGAUGCUCAUCCUGGGUACAGUGUUAAAAAGUUUAAUAAUUCCGAAAAUUUAAAAUUAUUGGAUUCGGACUUUUCGCAGUUUUUUACUAUGUUACAAGACGGUUCAAUAAUGACUACAUCCGAUGUGAGUUCCCUAGUCAAUCACCCGAUAGAUUUAGUGGUAAUGGAAGAUAAAGGAAAUAUAAGCACCAAACAUAAACUUGAGCUUUUCGUCCUUGAUAGAAGAAACAUGCUCAGUUUUAAUUUUGACGAAGAUGUAUCUGGUCAUAUUGCCGAGAACUCUCCUGCUGGUACCGCUGUUAGUGAUUUGCCAUUGUUACAAGCUAGCAGUGAUUUGAGAGUACCAAUAACUUAUACUAUUAUCGCAGGCAACAUCGGCCAAUCUUUUGAGCUGCAAGAUAGUACGACUGGUGACGUUCUUCCAAAUGUAACGAUAAGUAAAGAUUUGGGAGGAGUUAAUAUAGUAUCUUCGCAGAUUCUGGACCGAGAGGAAACUAGCAAAUAUGUUCUGACUAUUCAAGCAGUUGAUCCUACGGGAAUAAACAAGGCAGUGACUAAUGUCGUGAUAGAUAUCGAGGACGAAAAUGAUAAUAGCCCUGUGUUUACCCAGAAAGUGUACAGAUUUGUUGUAGGUGACGAUACGAUGGACGGCGAUAACGUAACGAUGACGUGGAAACGCUUCUCUUCGGUCGGUAGAGUAGAAGCGACGGACGCGGACGGUGACAAAGUCGCGUAUAGACUCGCAACACCUACAAACUUCUUGGUCAUAGUUCCUCAAACUGGAGACUUGCUUCUCACCCAAGAACCAAUUGAGGAAGUUGAAUUGGAGCUCGUUGUUGAAGCACAUGACUUACGCACUCCUAGCAGAACAUCUCCAAGACCCGCGCAGGUCAUUUUCCAUUUUAAGCCCGCAGAAUCUUCGAAGGUUGACAUUGAUUUAGAUUUUCAACAUCUAGAAGAAGUUGAGUUGCAUCGCAGUAAAAGACGUGUCACUCGCGCUGUGAGACCGACAAAGAGAAUCGAAUUUACCGAAACUGAUGGCGAGACUGACGGUCGGGUAGUUUUUCAGUUGGAAAAAGAAACUGAUCGCGAAACGUUUAAAAUAAGAGAUGAAAAUCCUUGGGUGACGGUCGAUCCAAACGGGUCAGUUCGUGUGAAAAAGAAGUGGGACUAUGAAGAGCUUGGGCCAGAAAAGACCAUCGAUUUUUGGGUUACAAUCACCAAUGCUGAAAAAGGAGGUAAGACUUUGUUUUAA